ACACAUAACAUAAAGUAAGAAAGAGAAGAAUGGUUAGUUUCGAAAGGUAGCAAUCCAAAUAAUCUGGACCCAACCGGAGAUACCGCUCUUCUUCGAUCUUCACUUCCAAUUUCCAAAUCAAUCCAAUCUAACACUCUUUUUCUUCAUCCAAACCCUAAUUCCCCUCUCGGAUCCGCGUCGCGAUUCCAAUUUCGAGUUUCGCCGGCGAUCUGAUUUCGCUCCUCCGAUUGGCAUUGCUCCACGCGGUUUCGAUGCUGGCGGCGGGAGGGAGUGCGGUGUUAUGGUGGGGGAAAUUAGGGUUAGCGGAGUGAAGGAUUCGGCGUCGUUUUGAAUCUGUGGCAGAGUGGCGAAUUUGGACAUGAGAAGCUCUUGGUUGAAGAAAGUGUCGUUCGUCGUUGGGCCUAAGCCGCCGCUGAGCUGGUUAAUCCUGAUCCUGAUAAGUCUCCUGGCGGUGGCGGCAGUGUUGAGCAAUUCUUCGUCGUCUUCGGAGGCCGUUGGGGCGGCGCAUCGCACUGCGGAGUCGCUAAUCUACACGAACUACAGGAGGAUAAAGGAGCAGGCGGCGGUGGAUUACUUGGAGCUGAGGUCGGUGUCGAGCGGUGGCGCGAGGCAGAAGGAGGUGGGGCUGUGUGGGAAGGAGAGGGAGAAUUUCGUGCCGUGUCACAAUGUGUCUGCGAAUUUGAUGUCGGGGUUUAGAGAGGGUGAGGAGUUUGAUCGGCACUGCGAGGUGUCGAAGGGGACGGAGAGGUGCUUGGUUCGGCCUCCCAAGGAGUACAAGAUUCCGUUGCGAUGGCCCAGUGGGAGGGACGUUAUAUGGAGCGCCAAUGUCAAGCUAACCAAGGAUCAGUUUCUUUCCUCUGGAAGUAUCACCAAAAGGUUGAUGUUGCUAGAAGAGAAUCAAAUUGCCUUUCACUCCGAGGAUGGAUUGAUCUUCAACGGUGUGAAAGAUUAUGCUCGCCAACUUGCGGAGAUGAUAGGGUUAGGAAGUGACACUGAGCUUUCUCAAGCUGGUGUUCGAAAUAUACUAGAUAUUAAUUGUGGAUUUGGCAGCUUUGGAGCUCAUUUAUUAUCACUGAAAAUAAUGGCAGUUUGUCUUGCGGCAUAUGAAGCAACUGGCAGCCAAGUUCAAUUGUGUCUUGAGAGAGGUCUUCCUGCUAUGAUUGGGAACUUUAUCGCAAGACAGCUUCCAUAUCCGUCACUAUCUUAUGACAUGGUUCACUGUGCUCAGUGUGGCAUUAUGUGGGAGGAUCAAAAUGGAAUGCCCCUUAUAGAAGUUGAUCGAGUUCUUAAACCUGGAGGAUAUUUUGUUUUAACAUCACCUACAAGCAGGCCACAGGGUUCAUCACGGGAGAAAAAGAGAAUCAUGUCAAACCCAAUGGAAGGGCUGACCCAGCAACUGUGCUGGACUCUUCUUGCUCAGCAAGAAGAAACUUUCGUCUGGCAGAAGACUGCUGAUGUUGAUUGUUAUGCAUCUCGUAAGCAGCAUACUAUAGAGCUAUGUAAAGGAGAAGAUACUCAGUCUUAUUAUCGGCCUCUUGUCCCGUGUAUAAGUGGGACCUCUAGCAAGCGCUGGAUUGCAAUACAGAACAGAUCUUCUGAAUCUGAUUUGAGCUCUGCUGAACUUAAAAUUCAUGGAGUUCAGCCUGAAGAAUUUUAUGAAGACUUGCAAUAUUGGAGAUCAGCUGUCAAUAAUUAUUGGUCAUUACUUACGCCACUAAUUUUCUCUGACCAUCCAAAGAGACCUGGAGAUGAAGAUCCAUUGCCUCCAUAUAACAUGAUCCGGAAUGUUAUGGACAUGAGUGCUAAUUAUGGGGGUUUGAAUGCGGCCCUGCUGGAGGAGAAAAAAUCAGUGUGGGUCAUGAAUGUUGUUCCUUCCAGAGCUUCUAAUGCGCUUCCUCUUAUUCUAGAUAGAGGUUUUGCUGGUGUCAUGCAUGACUGGUGUGAACCUUUCCCCACCUACCCCCGGACAUAUGAUAUGCUUCACGCAUAUGGACUUCUCUCACAUCUCUCCUCUGAGAGGUGCAGCACAAUAGACUUGUUCUUGGAGAUGGAUAGAAUACUGCGUCCAGAGGGAUGGGUCAUUCUUUCUGAUACAAUGGGAGCUAUAGAGAUGGCUCGCAUGCUUGCAACACAAGUACGUUGGGAAGCUAGAAUAAUUGAUCUUCAGAAUGGCAGUGACCAGCGGCUACUUGUUUGCCAGAAACCAUUUGUGAAAAAAUAAUUGAUGGAGCACUAGUAUAUCUCACCAUGACAAAUGAACACAAUUUUUUCUCUCUGAGAAUGGAUUAUUUAGUCGGCACAUCUUUGUAUAUGCAAAGCUCAAAGCCUUGACGUUUUCAAUCUAGUCCACCACCGGGUCAGAGAAUCGAGGAAGCUGUAGAUUGUGAAGGUUCACGUUAAAUUUAGCUACAGUUUAAUUUUUUUUUUUCUCAAAGUUUGUAGUAAUUCAUUUUUUAGCAUUCUUUAUUUUUUUAUUUCUAUUUAUUUUUUUACUUCAUGAUUUCUUUAUCGGUCACUGGGAUUUUGUCACUUCUGUGGAACAAUCACUAAUUUUUGAGAAUGAAUGUGAAUGGCCAUGAAAUUCAAGAAUCUA